AUGUCUCCUAUUACAAAGGUUGCGGAAACACCUCUGGUAGCACCCACGGUAUGGAAUACAAAGAAUCUGGGUCUGCGGUUAGCGUCUGACUUUGUGUCGGGAGCGUGUGCUGCGACUCUUGUUGCUCCGCUCAUCACUGUGAUUGACAAAGCAAUUAUGCAGAAUGCCUCCGGGCAAGCAACCCUCAAGGACUCCCUGAAAACCUCACUCAAAACCUUCCUCCUCCGACCUCACAGCCUCAUCUUCUCGAAGCCCUUUGGUCUAAUAUGUAUGCUGUACGGCGGCACCUACCUCACAGCCAAUACCCUCGAUACUCUCACUUCGACCGUUCAAAAUAAGCCUGCUACACUCGUUACCAGCGGAACCGCCAAAUUUGCUGCUUCCUCGACUGCAAAUAUUGGACUCUGCCUCUUCAAGGACCAAGCCUUUGCGAGACUGUUCGGGCCCGGUGGCCCACCUAGACCUGUUCCUCUGCCGUCGUAUGCACUGUUCACGCUUCGGGAUUGUAUGACAAUCUUUGCUAGUUUUAACCUCCCGCCUCUCCUCGGUCCCAUUAUUAGCAGGAACAUGAGCCAGGAAAUACAGAAGAGUUUGAGUGGGCAGACGAUAGCACAGUUCCUUGCUCCCGCUACCAUUCAGAUCUUCAGCACGCCUAUGCAUCUCCUAGGGUUGGAUCUGUAUAAUAGGGGCAAAGAGGUCGGUUGGGGAGACAGAUGGACGAUCGUUAAGAAGAACUGGGGAGUUAGUGCUGUAGCGAGGAUGUGCAGAAUUGUGCCUGCCUUCGGGAUUGGGGGAGUGGUAAAUGGGAAGGUGAGAAAAGGGUUGAUCAGCAAGUUGGAAUGA